UAUGACUGUUUCGCAGUAUUCCUUUCCUCAACAGUCCAACCGGUGCCAGAGAAUGGCUUCAUCAAACCAUUUUAUUAUUUUUGUCUAUAUCUUAAGGAUUUUUUUAGCAAAGCAGUUCUGUUAUCAUCUGGGAUAAGACUGUACCGCAGUGCAACCACCCCUACAGGCAAAAGGCAAUGCAUUUAUUUCAAGGGUACGGAGAAGGAAGACACCGUGGGUUAUACCUCUAAUUUCAUUUUAAUUCCUUGUUUGCUAAGACUGAUGGUUGUUUUCUUCUCUCUGGUUGUUAAACUCCGUUGGAUCUGAAUGUAGCGUAAACAGGAUUUGGGAGCCACCGGUGGUUGUGGAGCCCUUGUGUACACCUUGGCAAGGAUGUCUGCUGGGGUGCUUUAAGUGGCGUGGGCGGAUGCUUAGAAUGUUUCGCCAUUACUUUAUCAGUGCUUGGGACGCCUAACCCAGAAGUCCUCCUGAAGAUAGAGUGGCCAUUGGAGCAUCGACUACCACGUGAUCCCUUGGGCACGGUUAUUGUUGAGCAAAGGUGUCAACUCUCCUGUGAAAAGAAAUAGGAGAUGCAAAAAGCUCUUUACUACGAAAAUACAGGGCCUUUUGCAGAGUGCCCCUAUCAGGAACCAAAUGGCAUGGGGUACCUCGGUCAGCAGUCUUAUCAGCCACCUAAUGAGUACAUCCCCACAUGCUUCCUACAGAGAGAAAGUGCUACAAAUUCUGCAAGCCUCAAGGCUGACCAGGUAAAUAAAGGUAUCCUAAGGACAAACGUGUGUCAAACCUCUGACUUGCCGGAACAAAGUCAACGGCCUUCGGUGGUACCAUCACCUAAUUCAAGCUGCAUCUCGUCUCAGAUCAGCCCAAGCAAUACAGUCCCUGGACCUGUCACCAAGUCUUCUAACACUAACGACAUCGGUACAGUUAAAAGUACCAACAGUAUACGAAAACAAAUAUUUCCGUGGAUGAAAGAGACUCGUCAAAACUCCAAACAAAAAAGCAACCUUCUAAUUACAGGUGAAAACUGUGACGAGAGUAGCCCUGCAGGGUCAGCUUCUAAAAGGGCUCGUACAGCUUAUACCAAUGCACAACUGGUUGAACUGGAGAAGGAGUUUCACUUUAAUCGCUACUUGUGCAGGCCUAGGAGGGUGGAAAUGGCCAAUAUACUCAACCUUUCAGAGAGACAGAUCAAGAUAUGGUUCCAAAAUAGGAGGAUGAAAUACAAAAAGGACAACAAGGUGAAAGGAGCAAAUUCUCCAAAUGGACAAUCCCCUAGUAGAAGUCCUCCUUUAAACUAUUCUAAUCAAGUGCCAGUUGUCAACGAUGGGUAUGAAGCGCCAGUCCCCCACAUUUAUAGUAAAUCUCAAGGAAACAUGUAUGGCCUGACAGCUUACUCUGCACCCCUUUAUGACUGCCCCACACCUCAAAAAGGAUACGGCACAGCAUCUGUCGCAUUGGAUUAUGAUCACCCCGCCUCUGUACAGGGGGAUAAUGUUUAUGGAACAUCAAGCCUUCAAAACAGUCAUGCCUACAUUGGUGCGAAUUACUUGGAAAGUGUGCCCAGCACAGGUCCUGUCUUCGGCCAUCCGCACCCUUCUUCCGCUAGCGUGGACCACAGCUGUGCAGUUCAAAUUCCCUCCAAGCAUCAUCCCGGAUCUUGCGAGAACACCCAUUCAUCUUCGUACACAGACUUGAAUACCCGUAGUGCACCUCAAGGACUUUGCCAAGAACCUCCGACUCUAACGCAUCUGUAAGACAUGCCAGGCUAAAACAUGCCUUUAUAUUUGCUGUGCAAUGCUCAUCAACAGUAUUAUCAAGACGUUUAUUGACGAUUUCCUCUAUUUAUUGGACUUUACAAAGAUAUGCAUGUGACAUGUAUAAGCACUGGCUAAAUUCGCCCGAGUCUGGGACUGCAGAGAUAACAUUUUAGUUACUGAAAAGUGAAACUUGAAAAACAUUUUUAAAUUUGCAGAUGUUUGUAUUUUUUCUAAUUAUUUAAACACUUUUUAUCGGAAAGGUUCGAGUGGACUCAUUUACACUGAACAUUUUUUUCUUGAAGGCAAUUAAUGUUUUCUUAUCAGUCUAAAGCAUUUCUAAUGUUGCAUUGUAUUUAUGUAAAUUGUUUUGAUUCCCCUUUUCUAACUUAACGAACAUAAACACAUUACUGCGGUGUAAAAAGUAUGUCAUGUACUUUCAAAGAGGAAUUAUUUCGUUUUUUUUUUCCUUUUGUUUACAGAGUAAACGCAGUAAUGUGCAUUACUGAGACAUUUUCUUCUAAAUGAUCAGCAAAAAUACAUCGGGCCUUCUGACCUCACCACUGAUUGUUUCUAGAAUUAUAUUUUAAUUUACAAUUGGAUAUUCUAAUAAAACUUUUGAACUGAG